CACAAUUUGGCCCAACACUGAACUGUUUGUAGUCGAUGGAAGAAGGCACCAAGGGUAAGAAGACCAUUUUCAUUGGGGGUAUUGGGGACGAUAUCGACGAGACGGUGAUCUACGAGCAUUUUUCGGCUUUCGGUGACAUCAUUGAAGUACAGCUACCUCCAGCACCAGCCAAUCCAUCAAAGCCGACAGAAUUCAAACAUCGUGGUUUCGCAUUCGUGACAUACUCUUCUCCUACAGAUGCUCAGGAUGCAAUCGACAACAUGGAUCUCAAUGAGUUACGGGGCAGAGUGCUGAAAGUCAACCAAGCUAAGCCUAUGAAAGGCUUGCAGCCUCCAGAUGGGAAUAGAGCUAUCUGGGAAUCAGAAGAAUGGCUGAAACAGCACGCCAAGCCAUUGGCACAAAGUGGAGGUGUGCAAGGUCGUACGGCCCAACGAGCGUCUUCUGCAGAAGCCGAAGAGCAAGCCAACGAUGAAGAGCCGGAUGCAAUGGAAGAGUAACCGGACCAUGGCGGCCUCAAUCGCCAUUUCAUGGCAAGUGGAGCGAACGGUUUCAGCGAAACCCCACUACCUUGUUGUUCUCGGCAGCUUCCUCAUACCUGCAAGAUGUUGUGGGAGCGGAGACGCGGUGUGAUGUUGGCAUCGGUAGGUGGGUCUGCGAUGCCAAGAUAUAAAAUACAGAUGUAGAACAAUGAUGUAGAAAAUAAGACAGCGCUACUAAAGUAAUUUCUCUAGUAC